GUACAUUCUGCGGAACUCGGUAGAUUCUCAUGCCUGUGGCAGUCAUAGUUCUCCUAAAAUUACUGGAUUUAUCAGGGAAUAUUUGUAACGUUCUUGGAAAACGCAUAUUUUUUGUAUAAAAUACAACCUGUGCAAUGAUGAAUAUUGCUUAUUUCAUGUCUUGAACGGAUAGUAAGAUAUUGGUGUUCUGCAACGGACCAUUUUUGUCAAUGGCAAAUGCAUGGAUUUCAGCUGGCAUCACCCUAUGUAUAGACUGAUAACUGAACAUUUGUAUUACUUGUAAAGGACUCUUGUAAUCAAUGCAUGGAACUGUUAAAAAAAAUAAUCAAGAUAAGCAUGAUUAGUGAAAACUAUUAUAUUCAUGACAAUGAGCGCUGAUUCAAGACGGUGUCGCCAGAGAGAACGAGAUGUUAUAUACGGAUUUUAGCAUAAUAUAAUUGAUUGCAUUCUCCUGCGUAUCAUCGUCACAACCCAGUAUAAUAGUCGUCGGCAUCAUCUAAUCAUCAUCAUCGUCGUCAUCGUCAGCAUCAUUAUCCAACUAAGUCAUUUGAUUGUGUUACUUCAUCCAACACCUGCAAUAUAAUACCGCUUUAACUUUCAUCGUGCUCUAGCGUAUUAAUACAAUCGUCACUUUUACAGCUUAAAUUUGGUUUUGACGACGACGACGGCAACGACAACGGUCGCGAUGCCGAAGGUGGAAUUGUCAGUUUCGUCUCAGUUUUGCAUCCUGCUGGUCGUGCAGGUGCUCGUUUCUGUGGCCAUCAUAGGGACAAUAACCUACAUGAACCAGUCUAGAAUUAUUCCAGGUCCAAUCCAGCCUGACAAUGGUAAGAAUAGCCAACCCUCUAUAGGCAAUUAUCAACUUCUCAUUCAGAAUGCAGACGGCCGCGGUAGCCAGGCUCAUGGACAAGACGGAAAGGCCAACCCAUUGGGCCAGAAUCUUAAACAUUUCAAAGACAUCGUCAAUUCUCAGAUACAAAAAAGACCAACCCGUGAUGAUCAGACUGAGGCUACGGUGAAGACAGAUGCGCCACCUCGAAGCAACAAGUUCGUGAUCCUAACAUCAGUGAACGCGGAGUUCGUCGACAUCGCCGAGAAUUGGUUGGAAAGUCUUCGACGAUUGGGAAUCCGGUACAACAUCACGAUGGUCGCGGAAGACCAGGACACCUUCAAGUACUUCUCUAUCAGGGCCAACAGAGAGUUCCGGGUGCUUUACCAGAAACAGUACGCGUUCAACUUCACCCGGCGGUACGGCCCUGUCAUGAUGUACCAGGAACUGAUUCGUCGCAGGACCGUGUACAUCAGGACCUUGCUGGAGCAAGGGAACGACGUGUUGCUGGUAGAUGUUGACACAGUGUGGAUCAAGAACCCAGUUGACCUGAUCUUGAAGGAGUACGCCCUCUACGACAUAUGGCUGGCCCAAGGAUACGAGAACCACAUACCGUGCCCAUGUUUUAUGUACAUGAAGUCGACUUCUGAGGUCGUCGCCAUGGUGAGAGAAUGGGUCAAGCGAUUGGAAAAUCAACGCGGAAGGAGUUUGGAGUCGGACCAGGUUGCUUUGACCAAGGUUUUGCCCCUCUUCCCGGAUAUUCCGAUCCAGAAGAUGAGCUUCGAGAAAUUCCCAACCGGUAAGCAUUACUUCGAUCGGGCGUGGCUGGCGCUUCACAAACAGGAGGUGUAUGUUGCUCAUGGUAAUCAUCUUGGGCGACAUGAUGGAAAGAAAAAGAAGCUUAAAGAAUUCGGUCUUUGGAUGCUCAAUUAUUGACAAUAACUUUGAUCGUCGUAUUGAAAUAUAGUACAAGCUUGUUUUUGAUCAACAGCAAUGAAUCAAUAUAAGAUUGUGUGCACCUUUAAAGGGGCCAACUGUGUAUCAAUCGUUCUGUCAGUAUAAUUUAUGGAGUGACAAUUCAUUCGACACUUAUUUGAAAUGAUUUAUUUAACUCCCAUGUACAUUAUUUUAGAAGUUAAGCUUCUUCACAAAAUGAUAAUCUUAGCAUUAACUGAUAACCGCAAGUCAAGCAAGGUAAAACACUUCAAGAUCUAUAAUGCACGUGGCCAUUGUCAAACUAUUUUGAAUGGUACGUUAGUGUGUAUGAUGUGGCGAAGGAAUUGAACUGACGAAGACAAAAAGACAAAAAGAAAGAAAGACAAAAAAGGCAGGGUAGUUUACCGACAUCGAUACCACAGCUUUAAUGUAUUUUUAAUUGCGCCAUUGUUCGGUGAAGGCGUACGCAGAGCGAUUGUUCGGUUCCUGUACCGAAGCAUCAUCACGCCGAGUGUCAUCGGUUGGUGAUGCAUUAUGGGACAUGGCUGUCGACAAAUCGUGCCAUUCUGAGCAGCAAUUAUACGUAAAUCCAAAGUAGUGUCAGUAAAAUAUACCCUGCCUGUGUCACGACGGCCAAAAUCAUAAACUCCCAACGGCUCAUUCUGAGCAACAGACGUAGAGAGGAAGUUUGUACUGUCAAUAGAAUACCCUGCCUUUAAUUUUUUUUUUCUCAUUGCGGCAAUAGUGAUUAACUCACAAUCAUUAACAUCGUAUAAUAUAAGGAUGUAUCAUAAAAUGAAAAUAAUUUGAAUGAUGUUUAUGGUAAUAGAAUUAAAUUUUUGUAGCUAAAAUGUAAUAACACUAUAGAACAAGAAACAAUCAAAUUAAGACUCACUGUGAAGUUUAAAAAACGGAAAAGGAAUACAAAAAUUGUAUUAAGAAAAUGUUCAUAUUCAUAAUAAUAUUAUAUAUUAUAUCCUGCAUCAAAAAU